AUGAAGGUUGAUAUUGCCGAGUAUGUGGCAGCUUGUGGUGUAUGUCAACAGGAAGUGUGUUUCCCCCUGUGUUGGGAUUCGUCUGGUGAGAGGGCUGUGCUUGGUCCUGAGAUCAUUCAGCAGACUGCCGAGAAAGUGUGGGAGAUACGGCAGAACAUGUUGGCCGCUCAGAGCCGACAGAAGAGUUAUGCAGAUGUGAGGAGACGUGAGCUGGAGUUUGUGGUAGGUGACCAAGUUCUCCUCAGAGUAUCGCCCACAAAGGGUGUUGUUCGAUUUGGCACUACAGGGAAGCUUAGCCCGAGGUACAUUGGACCUUUUGUCAUCACAGCUCGAGUUGAUAGUUUGGCUUACCGUCUACAGUUACCAGAUUCUAUGAGUGGUGUGCAUAAUGUCUUCCAUGUAUCCAUGUUGAGGAAGUAUCUGCGGGAUCCAGAGCAUAAGAUUGAUCUUGAGCCUAUCAGAGUACAACAGGACUUGUCUGUUGAGUGUCGCCCAAUGCCUAUCUUCGACACGUUAGAACGAGUCAUGAGGAAGAGGAUGAUCAAAUAUGUGAAGGUUUUAUGGACUAAUCAGUCGGAACGUUCAGCUACUUGGGAACUCGAGGAGCAAAUGCGUAAGAGGUAUCCAGCGCUCUUCGAGGAAGGUCAAUUUCAAGUUUUGGUUUAA